AUGUCCGGAAAAACCGAGAGACCGGAGCUACCAUCCGUCUCCAUCGUGUUCUUUAUGUAUUAUCUGGUUCAAAAUAGGCCGGUUAUGAGCGAAGACGCGGCCGUUGACUAUCUGGAAAAAUUGCAGCGUGUGCUGAAUUUAUUUGAUCAUGUAUUUUACGUGAAAUUGUGGAUGGCGGCUUUAACUGGCCUCGCAGAAGAACCUGUCGAAGCUAAUUCGACGGGUCAUUACCUUCUGUGGAAAAGUUUCGUCUUAGUUAAGUUACCAACAUUAAUCGAAAAACUGGAAGAAAGAAAGUCAUCUCGACUUAGUCACAAUGGAAUAUUGCCGUAUGAACAAUUUGAAGGAUUAAAGUAUAGCUGUCACGAAUGUGUCAUCAAUCAAUUAUUCGGAUUCCAUGGACUUUUCAGUGCAUGCAAUCAGCAUUUCGAAGAGACAAUUGAUGUUAUUUUUCAGGCUCCCGACGUAUCGGUAGACAUCUUGAAAGUAUGCCUGAAAAAGAACUUGGUUCGGCGUGAAUUUGUCCUAAGAUUGUUCGAAGACCGCUCGAUAGAGCUCUGGAGUGGAUCAGACUCUACUGACUCGGAUGCUUUUACCGUUAAUAUCCUAGACGACCCUAGUAGUCAGAAUAUAGAUCACCUGAUAUCCACAAGUUCCAUGCAUCAAGAGUCACGAGUGACGACAAUAUUAAAGCUAGUGACAACGUGGAGCGCGAAUAAGGAAUUAAAACCCCUAGCAAUCCUUUGUCGCUCUAUUAAUGAAAAUCCUUCGCUCCUUGAUAUCAUUCAUCUGUAUCGACACCCCUCUGAGUUUUUGGGACCUUUGGAGAAAUUAUGUAAUGCAUGGGAAAAGUUGACGAACGACAACAGUAUUGAAUCAUAUAUUCAAGACUACGAAAACUUUGGAAUAAUAUUUUUACUGUUGGUUAGCAUUAUAGAUCGUUAUGAGUUUCACAAGAAUCUUAAAGACGUAUUGCGUGAUGAGAACGGAUUCUGUCAUACAUGGAUUCUUCAAUCGUCAGUUGCAUAUGAACACGAAAUGCUCGAUCCCGAGAAACUCGCGAUUGUGGAGCCUUGGGUUAAUGCAUUAUUAUCAUAUCAAAACAUUACCGAUCAGAUUAUCAGAACGACCAAUCCUCGAGUGUUGAUUGAGCUGGCUCCCACAAUAUUCAAAACAACAUUCAAGAUGUGGAGUGACGAGACAUUUUCAAAUUUAGAAAUUUUCUUAAAUCCUCAUACGUCAUACGCAUUAAUCGGAGUUGUUCAGUGGUUAUGCGAUGAUAUUUGUUUCAAAGGACAAAAUUCGUUGUCAUCAAAAAUUCUCAAAAUUUUGAUGUCAAACGUCAAUUUUCCUCAGCCGAUCAUAAGAUUAAUGGGAGAAAAAUUAUUAUCAAUCUUUGAUCGACCAACAGGCAGUUUGCCAUCUGUAGAGGACGACGAAACCAUUAAUGAACUCAAAAUUGCAGCCCUAACUCUUGAGCCAAGUUGGACAGUAUCAAAGCAUCCUUCAGAAACAUUAUUUUCACGGUUUAAAAUUAUGUUUAAGUCAAUUGUCUAUUGCGGUCGCCAGAGAAAAUCGACGUUGAACAUUGACUACGAGUACGAAUCGCUCCAGGCCGAUCUAUCUUCAGAUUUAUCUUGGUGGGGUCCACACCACCUGGACACGGAUUUGUUCAGAGCAUGUCUUGAGAUUCACGGUCCAAAGAUAUUUGUAGGUCUGAUCGUUGAAGAAAUACUUUCGGCUGGUGAAAAGGGAACAGGAUUGCGAGCAGCUGAACUCGGAGCUUCCCUUAUUACACUUCCUUUAUGUUAUACUUGGAAUGCAUACUUACAGCCCCCUAACCUUAUCCACAUAUUAUUUACGGAGGUGCUACCACGUGCUCUUGAAAAAAAAAUUACAAUGUAUUCACAAGGUCGUGCGUUGGGGUUUCUUACCUUUUUCGUAUUGAUGACUUCGGAUAGGGAUUCUUGUGCGUUUGGCAAAAGGAAAGCACAUGAAGAUUUUUCAAAAGAAGUAUGGAAGCCUUUGACCAACGGACCUGCAAGAGGGUUUAUUGAUGGUUUGAUAUCACAUAAUGAUAUAGGCGACAAAUUUCCGGAGCUUGCGUUAAAAAAGUUUUUAAUUAGUUUGGGGGUGAUUGAUUAUGACCAAGGAUUACCCGAAUAA